AUGCGUAACAAUUAGAUUUUUUUCUACAGGUUUAAAGUUUAUGUAGUUUACUAUAAUAAUAAUAUAACAAUUUCUAUAUAAGACUAUUCAGGACAAUUCCUAAAUUACAAUAUGGCCUAAAAUGAAACAAAUUUUAACAUAAAAUUAUUAACAUCUUCAAUUGUUGGUAAACUUAAGUAGAGUUAUUAAUUAGAUUAAUUUAUUUCAAUACAAAUUUAAUAACUCACCUAAUAUUUGAUAGGAAUUAAUAAUUAGUUAGUCUAUAUUUUGAAUUUCAAUUACUCCGAGUAAAACCAAUCCAACUAAUUCAGUGAAAUAUGUUCAAUCAACAUUAGCAUAAAUGCAAAUUCUUUAAAAGCUGCUUAUAACUUUUAUCCUUCAAUGAUGAUAAUAAUAGGGCUCAGUGCUAAUACAACAAUAUAUUUGUUUAAUUAUUAUUACAAUACCAAAAGUAUAAUUAGGUAUUCAAAGUAUACUUUUAGAGAUAAAUUCUCAAAUUUUUUAGUCACCUAUAAUAAUAUUUUACUACUUAGACUAAAUAAAACAGUUGAAAUAAUGAUAUUUGAUUUUAAAAAUUACUUUUACUUUAAAUUAAUCAUCAAUAAAUAAAUUGUUCAAUAAUAUACAAUUCAAUCCAAUAUAAAUAGUUGUGAAAACAUAAUUAUUGUCAUCUUAUUAUUUAUCACCAAUAUAAACGAAGUAAUAAUAAUUUCAAAUGAUUAAAAUAGCCUUCCAAUACCAAUUUCGUUAAUUAAAGUCAAUUUCAAAAUCCUAUAGAUAAAUUUAGUAUAUUAAUAAUUGAUUUUAUCAUAUCUAUGUUAUGAUGAUGAUAAAAAUACAUGCUUUAAGUUUAUAAUGUUUAAAAUCUACCAACAUACUACUAUGUAAAGGAUCUUUAUAGCGUAAAUGUGGAUAAUGAAGCAAUAAUAUAAUUAGUUAACCUAUACUUAUAUGUAAUUUUUAGUAAUUACAUUGUUUAUGUUUAUAAUUCUUCCUUGCCAAAUCAUUAAAAUUUAUAUCUAGUUUAUUCAUCUUUUUAGAUGA